AUGCGAAAGUACAACACGGCGUCGCGCGGCCGCUUCUCGCAGUCGCGCGGGCUGCGCACGGCCAGCGGUGUGUUCCGCGCCGCGGGGUUGGAGGCCCUGCGCGCGCUGGCCGGCGGCGGCGUGCACCCGGUGCGCUGCCUGCGCGCGUCGCUGGCCGGCGCCCCGCGCGCCGCGCAGCCGGAACUGCUGCGCCAGCAGCUGCGCGCGCUCGCCGUGCUCGACACGGCCCGCGCGCGUCGCGACGGAUACCCGUGCCGGGUGCCCUUCGCCGAGUUCAUUCGCAGAUACAAGUUCCUGGCUUUCGAAUUUGACGAAAACGUGGAAGAGACUCGUGACAACUGUCGCUUGUUACUGGUGCGCUUGAAGAUGGAAGGCUGGCUCAUGGGCAACAAGAAAGUGUUCCUGACGUACUACAAUGAAGAAUAUCUCUCCAGGCUGUACGAGACGCAGGUGAAGAAGAUCGUGCGCGUGCAGACGAUGCUGCGCGCCUUCUUGGCGCGGCGCGUGGUGCAGAAGAAGACCAAGGAGCAGCUGGCCGGUACGCCCCCGGCCACUUACAAGGCUUCGCCGCCGGCCAACGCCGCUUCGCCCGCCGCCGCCGCCGCCGCCGCCACCGCUGGCGCCUCUCCAGCUUCAACGCCCUCGGCCGCCGGUUCGCCCGCCGCGACUCCCGCCGCCUCCGCUUCGCCGGCUGACACCCCCGCGGCUUCGCCCCAGGCCUCGCCCAAAGCUUCGCCCAAAAGCUCGCCCGCGGCGACGCCCCAGGGCUCGCCGCAAGGGUCGCCCGAGGCGUCCCCCAAGGGCUCGCCUCAAGGGUCGCCCACGGCGUCGCCCGCGGCGUCGCCCAAAGCUUCGCCCAAAAGCUCGCCCGCGGCGUCGCCCAAGGGCUCGCCUCAAGGGUCGCCCGCGGCGUCGCCCAAAGCUUCGCCCAAAAGCUCGCCCGCGGCGUCGCCCAAGAGCUCGCCUCAAGGGUCGCCCGCGGCGUCGCCCAAAGCUUCGCAGGGCAACUCGCCCGCCGCCUCGGAUGAGAACGAAGCGGAGUAG